UAACAAACCCCACUUGACCUUUCGUCCCGUCCUCUCCCUGUCUGCGUCGCUGCAGGUUGUUGUCUCUUUCCUCUAUGAGAUUCGAGGAUCUCCGGUGAUUGCUAAUUGCUUUUUCUGAAAUCUGAUUGUCGCCAACCGAAACAGAGCUGAGGAAAGUAUGCAAAUGAAGCACAAUCGAUUUGGCCGGAGGAAUCGUUACGGCCUUUCUCAUCUCUUAUCUGAAACCAUUCAACAACCAAUUCUCCACUUUCGCCUCCUCUUCCUCUUCGUACCAACCUGAUUAGUGUUACUUCUUUCAGUUUUUCCUUUUUUCAUUUUUGGAGUUUGUAAUAGAAGAUCCAGAUUUCAGAUACAUCCCCCCUCCCCUCCUCCUUCCCCGUCGUCUAUCUAUCUAUCUAUCUAUCUAUCUAUCUAUCUAUCUUCUACUCUCUGAUCUCUUCUGGUGUGCAACUGAAACACUUGAAGUGGAAGUGCUGUUGGUACUGCUACACCAUCAUAUAUCAUCGUAUGACGAUGACGAUGAUGAUGAUGGAGGCUAUGGUGGCUAAAGCUUCUGUCCGUUUUCCUUCCAUACUGACUGUAUUGACUGAAGACCUGCUCUUACGGAUACUUGACAUGCUUAUUGAGAACUCCCACAGGAAAUCCUGGAGUUUGGUCUGCAAAGAGUUUCUCCGAUUGGAAUCCAUUCAUCGUCGAUCCCUUCGUGUAUUCCGUCACGAUUCUCUGCCUCGCCUCCUUCGCAGGUACCAAUUCCUUGACCUCCUCGACCUCUCCGCCUGCCCCUGCGUUGAUGAUGCCACCAUGGCUCUCCUUUUCGGAAGCCCAUAUAUCUCCUUCUCUGCUCGAUGGAUCAAAACCUUGGUUCUCUCCAGAACAUCCGCCUUAAGAUCGGGUGGCUUAGAGGUGGUGGUGAGGUCGUUCCCCUGUCUUCAGGAGAUCGAUUUGUCUUAUUGCUGUGGGUUUGGAGAUCGGGAUGCUUCGGCCCUCUCGCAUGCUCAAGGUUUGAAGGUUCUGAAACUGGUCAAGUGUUUGAGAGUUACGGAUUUCGGGUUGGCCAAGAUUGUUGUUGGGUGUGUUAAGUUGGAAAACCUGAGCUUGAAAUGGUGUUUGAAGAUCACAGAUCUCGGAAUUGAGCUUCUGUCGAAGAAGUGUACCGCCUUGAGAAUUCUUGAUCUCUCUUAUCUCAAGGUGACCAACAAAUCCCUUCAUUCUAUCUCUUCUCUCUGGAGACUGGAAGUUCUAUACAUGGUAGGAUGCUCUUCUGUGGAUGACGAUGGCUUGCAUUUCCUAAGUAACGGAAACCCUUCACUCCAGUGCAUUGAUGUAUCGAGGUGCAAUAAUGUGAGUUCACGAGGCUUACUUUCGGUUGUUAGAGGACAUAAGGGUCUGCAUCAGAUCACCACUGGUUACAGUUUUUCUGAGCUUUCCAAACCUCUUGUCUACAAACUGAGCGAGUUAAGAAACCUGAAAUCCAUUAAUGUUUAUGCGGCUGGAGUGUCUGAUUGGAGCCUUGAGAUCAUUGGCAACAAUUGCAAGCAUUUGGUCGAAAUUGGACUGAGCAAGUGCGCUGAGGUGACUAACUUAGGCGUCAAAAAGCUGGUCGCCAGCUGUUCUGAUUUGAAGAUACUUGAUCUUACAUGCUGCCAUUUAAUCACUGAUGCAGCGCUUUCUGCUAUAGCUGAUUCCUGUAAGAAUCUUUUGUGCCUCAAGUUGGAGUCUUGUAAUUUGAUCACACAGAUGGGUCUUGGUUGCCUUGGAUCAUGUUGCCUGCUUUUAGAGGAGCUUGAUCUCACCGAUUGUAUGGGUGUGAAUGAUGCAGGACUUGAGCAAUUGUCUAGAUGUAUGGACCUCCUGUGCUUAAAAUUGGGACUUUGCAUGAACAUAUCAGACAAGGGUCUGAGCCAUAUCGGACAUAAAUGCACAAAGCUGCUUGAACUCGAUCUAUACCGCUGCAAGGGCAUUGGAGACUAUGGAUUAGCUGCCAUUGCAAGUGGAUGCAAGAAGCUAAAGAAGUUGAACAUAUGUUAUUGUGUGGAGAUCAGCGAUGAAGGCCUAAAGCAUCUAAGCACUCUAGAGGAGCUAGUUGACUUGGAGAUGCGUAGCUUAUUGAAGGUCACUAGUGUGGGACUGACAGCUAUUGCAGUUGGGUGCAAGAGCCUGGCAGAAUUAGACAUGAAGAGGUGCUGUGGUGUCUGUGAUGCAGGUUUUUGGGCCCUUGCCCACUACUCACCAAACAUCCGGCAGAUAAACCUGAGCCAAUGCCGGAUUUCAGAUGUAGCGUUGUACAUUGCGAUGGGGAAAAUGAAAUGCCUACAGGUUGCGAAGCUGGUGCACCUCACCCAUGUCUCAGUGGAAGGGUUUGAACUAGCUCUUAGAGCUUCCUGUAUUCGACUCAAGAAGCUGAAGUUGCUUAGCACUCUUAUGUUCUUGCUGUCCUCGGAGCUGCUCCAGGUGCUGCAAGCCCGGGGUUGCAAGAUUAGGUGGAUGGAAAAGGCUUUGAUUUUGGAUUAACAUGGACCAUGUUUCUUCUACUUCUACUUCUACUACUUCUAUGGGUGGUCCACCUAGCCAAAGGUGGCUGGCUGUGUGGCACCUGGAAUAGGGUGGAUACAUGAACCAAAACAUCCUCUUCUGAGAAGAUGAAAAGAAUAUUGAAUGGCUAGCAAUUGUACAAGAUAUGAGCUGUAUACCCUUUUCUUUAUCAUUACUCAGCCUGAAACAAAACAUUAGAACCGUUGGUUGGAUAGAUUUCUAGUUUUUGGUUGGCCAAAACGUGGUCCUAGAGAAGAUGUGGAAUCCGCUUUUUAGAAAAGAAUAAAGUGCGGGUGAGCGAAUGAAUGAUGUGGAAUCCAUAUCCAUCAAACAUUUAUCAUUUUAGUGCGUAUUUGAAUAUUUGUGUGAUUCA